AUUGUUGACAUGGAGAACCUCUAUAAGGAGCUCGGUGAUCAAUCUCUCAACAAAGACUUCUGCCAAACUGUUGCCUCCACUUUUAGGUUUGAGUCGUACGUCGUUUGGCAUGGCGUCAUGUAUCUGGACGCGCACUGCAUUUGAUAUGUCAAAGAAAAGUUGGGAUUUUCGCGUGGUGAUCGAAUCUAAUUGUUUAGUUUUAUUCCUCUUGGGAAUUUUAGAGACCUCGCCGACUUUAUGAAUGAUGUUUCUGUCGUUUGCUUCUUCUUUUUUUGAUCUAAGUUGCUCGGGUAAUCGGAAUGGGAAAUCCUCAAUCACAUGGAAACAGGUACACACUUGGUUUAAGGAGAAGCUGAAGCAGCAAAAGCCAUUCAAAGUCAGAGCUUCGCCACCAUCCCCUCCCGCGUCUCCACCAUUGCAGUGCCUUGUCGACUUACCAAAUCUCAGUUAUACUGGUUCUGCUGCUUACGGCCAAAGACGGAAAGGUAAGUUUUCUGAUAUUUCUGGACUGGCAUAUGAGGCUAGAUCAGCAAGGGAUAAUGCGUGGUAUGACGUUACUUCAUUCCUAACGUAUAGAUUUCUUCACACCGGCGAACUGGAAGUGCGUGUACGUUUCACUGGGUUCGAUAAUGAACACGACGAGUGGGUAAAUGUGAGGACGUCUGUGCGUGAGCGGUCUAUUCCUUUAGAACCCUCUGAGUGUGGAAAGGUGAAUGUUGGGGAUCUGGUCCUGUGUUUCCAGGAAAGGGAGCAUCAAGCAGUGUAUUGUGAUGCCCGUGUUGUGAACAUAAAGCGAGGGUUCCAUGAUCACAGGGCUUGCAGCUGCAUCUUUAUGGUUCGUUAUGAUCAUGAAGAUUCAGAGGAGACGGUUGGACUGGAGAGGGUCUGCUGCCGCCCUGCUGACUAAUGUUGUUAGCCCAAAUGUGAAGAAGAAUCCCGUCAACGACACCAUAGUGUCCUCUCAACUCUUUGGAGGUGACCGUCGUCAAACUGUUGAUUUACUCUUGGUCUGUUGUUGGACAAAGAGAAGAUCAACUGCUGUUGUUGGAGGAAGAUAACUACAAAACUUCUCUAAAAAAACGAUGAUAUCUAAGUGAAUAUAUUUAUGUUAUUUUGAUAAUUAUAUUUUUAAAUUACUAUUA